AUGAUGAAUCGUCAAAUGAUGGUUCUAAUGUUCAAACCGAAAGUAAUUGGAGAAAUCUAGUAUCAAGAUGGAUUAAUAUGUUGGAAGAUGAAUCAAACGAAGAAAUGGUUGAAAAUAAUGAAAGUGAUAGUGAUAGUGAUGAUGAAGAGCUUGAAAUUAAUGUUGCAAAUAUUUCAAAUUUACCUCAUCCUGCUAGAGAUCAAAAUUUUAAAUGGAAACUCCAAGAUAUUUUUAUUGAGAGUUUAGGGGAACCUAAUUAUUU